CUGGACUUGCUGAUCAUUUCAGCAGAGCUGAAGAGGAAGACAUGGCAUCUGCUGCUCAUGACAGUACAGGUGAUGCUCAAGCCAAUGUAGCUAGAGAUGAAGAAACUGAAGCUCCUACACAGCGAGCACCAAGGAGACCCAGGGCAGCAACCAAGGGAAAACAACUGGACAGGAUGACUAAAGUUAUGCAAAGGAGACUGCCCAUAGCUGUUGAGGAAGGCAAAAAAAGGCCACAUGAACCUGUUCAAGCUGCCAAGUUUGCAUCAGAGGCUGGCAUCAUUAUUCGGGAAACCAUGCAUAUCCUAACUCGUUGGAAAGAUUACAAGGACGACCAGAAAUACUACAACAGCUUUGUGUCACAGCUAAAUGUAAGUGCAUUACUGAUUCUAUGGUUCACUUGUAUACUGCUUAACCUGAAUUGACUAACUAUGGAAUUGUCAUAUGC